GAUCAGGCCAACAACGUCUUAAACUUAGGUAAGUCGUAUAAUGGUCACAUCUUUUGUGGGUUUCGUUGCGUCUUUAAAAAAAAAAAUACUGCGGUAUUGUAUGAUAGUAACUACAUCUAUAUUGUAGUUAGUUAUAUUAGACUGACUAGUGUAUUAUAGUAACUAUAGUUUCUAGGAUUCUAGUGUAUUUUACUAACGGCUUUAUUAUAUUAACGGGUGUAUUAAAACUAACGGGUGAUUCACUAGAGUAUUAUCUUAUUUAGUGUUUUAUACUAAUAAGAGUAAUCACAGCCUACUAACGCGGGCAGAGUAAGAUGAUGCAAGUGUAUACUUAAGUACUAUAUCUUUAGACGUUUGUAUAGUGAAUACCUUAGGGCCCAACGUGUGUUCCAAUCAAACGGCGGGAUUUUUUAUCAGCCAGUGCUAUCGAUCUGCUCAAUGAUAACAAUAAGUUAAUCAGUUAAGUUAAUCAUCGAACUCUUUUUUGUUUUUUAAAUUGUGAACGGUAAUCUAUUCUAGUCAGUACUGAUUUUAAUAAGAGAUAAUCUUGUAUUGUGGCUUUACGUCCAUCCCUGUGGCGAUACAGCCCGUGUAGGGCUUUGGCCUGCCUCACCACUUCCUUCCACUCAGACCUUCCACCAAACCCUGUGGCGCUACAGCCCGUGUAGGGCUUUGACCUGCCUCACCACUUCCUUCCACUCAGACCUUCCACCAAACCCUGUGGCGCUACAGCCCGUGUAGGGCUUUGGCCUGCCUCACCACUUCCUUCCACUCAGAUCUCCCACCAAACCUUGUGGCGCUACAGCCCGUGUAGGGCUUUGGCCUGGGGCACCACAACAACCUUCCACUCAGACGUAACUGAUCCUUUUCUUCUCCAUGUGUUUAAUAGGAAUGUAUUGGCAGUUACCUGCUAAAUACAUUCAAGUGAUCAAUAUAAUAUAUAUAAAUAUAGGGUAAUAGGCACGCAUCACUAGAUAGAAAGUAACACUAGGAGUUGCUCUAACAUGUUCAGUUGUAGAACGAUCGUUGAAAAAAAAAAAAGUUUAUUUUUCAUUGUAUACAAGAAAUAAUAUAUCACUGAUUAUAUGCAGGGGCGAAGAUUGGGUUAGUGCCUUAUUAUAUGCAGGGGCGAAGAUUGGGUUAGUGCCUUAUUAUAUGCGGUGGCGUAGCUAGGCGUUAGAGCCGUCAAGCUUUUUGCCGCCCUCUUCCGCAAUUUUUUUUUUCCAUUUUGCCGAAAAUGCCGCCCAUCAAAAUAAAGAGAAAAAAAAGUGCCGCCUGUGCGGACCACUCCAUUCUCUCCCCUUCCUCCCCCCCCCCCUUUUCUACGCCACUGAUUAUAUGGCUGCAUUCACUAUUCAAUCGAAGCAUUAACGUUUCUAUGGCUGAGCAGGUAUUAUAUUUAUAUGUGGUCCUUUCAUUCCACGGGAGAAAGUAAUCAUGGAAAAUAUCCAAUCAAUUCAGCAGACGUCAAGGCGAUAAGAUUAAGCAGACGAGCAAAGAAAGUCUGUUUUUUUUUUAAAACCCAAACAUUUACUUGGCAUGCGGUUAAAUUUAGAGAUGACUUACUUGCUAGCAUGUUGCAUUUAGUGUUAGGGUGAAAUUGAACAUCCAGAAAUAGGCCCCCGCUCCUAUAGAUACUCAAAAAGGUCAAUGUAUUAUAUAUGUGUGACAUAAUGCCUAUAUAUAACAUAAUUUGACAUGGGCCUUUAUAAAAUACAUAUUCAGAUAAGCCAAUGCAUUAUACUAUACAUAUAGACGAGAUCGUCCCAGAUAAAGGGUUGUUGAUCUGGUCGACAAAGGGACCAAACUAACGGUGCAGUGGAGUUAGGGGUUCAAUUGAGACACAACUGGCCAACGAAACUUUCGUCUUCAAAGUCUUCACCAGCACAUGCACACUCUAACAGACACACACACACUCACCACCAUGCACACGCUCACAGACACACACUCACCACCAUGCACACGCUCACAGACACACACACACUCACAACCAUGCACACGCUCACAGACACACAAACACUCGCCACCAUGCACACGCUCACAGACACACACUCACCACCAUGCACACGCACACAGACACACACACACUCACCACCACACACACACACUCUCCACCAUGCACACGCUCACACACACACACUCACCACCAUGCACACGCUCACAGACACACACACACUCACCACCAUGCACACGCUCACAGACACACACACACUCGCCACCAUGCACACGCUCACAGACACACACUCACCACCAUGCACACGCUCACAGACACACACACACUCACCACCAUGCACACGCUCACAGACACACAAACACUCGCCACCAUGCACACGCUCUCACACGCACGUGCAAACGCGCACAUGAAAACUGCGCAUUCCAAUUAGUCAAGGUACUAAAUUAAAAGAAAUCACCGUAAUAAAAUACGUUGUUAAAUUUUUAAAAAAAACACAGCAAUAAAAUAGGAUGUUAAAUAAAAAGAUUAUCACCGCUAUAAAAUAAGACGUUAAAUUAUAAAAUAAUCACCGUAAGAAAAUAAUGUGUUUAAAUUAAAAGAUAAUCACUGUAAUAAAAUAAGAUGUUAAAUUAAAAGAUAAUCACUGGGAUUAUAUAAGAUGUUAAAUUACAAGAUAAUCACCGUAAUAAAAUAAGACAUACGAACUGUGCCUAGCCUAGCCUGAAAAUAUUAUUGUUAAUGAUUUUUUGAUGGAGGAAGAAAUGUCGUUAAUAGCACCCACCAUGGCAAAAGGGGGUACGAUCACUAAGGAAAAAAAUAUUUAUUUUCGGAGAGAGAAGAGCAUAACGGGUUUGUGCAGGGCAUUUCCGCUGACAUUUUAUUUGUGGUUGUCAUUGUCAUGCAUUGGCUAAGUAAACAUGGAUCGGAUGACGUCACCGUGAAUUGAGAGGAAAUAAAAUAUUUGGAGUAAAAGUAUUCAUUUUAUUUUAAAAACUAUAGUAUUGGGUCUGUUUUAAUUAACCCUUCUUAGCUUACUGGAAGCGAGUUGAGAAACAACAAAAUGAUUUUGGAACCAGCCCAAAGUGGUAAAAGUAGGCGGCAACCACGGGCAAGCUACUCUGUUUUACAAAAAAUUGAACGUACCCAUAGUGUUUCAGUCGUAUAAAAGUAGAUCGUUAGACGUAAUGGGUACUUCGUAGUCUAAAUAUUUACUGUAUUCAGGGUGUUAAAUGUCACAUUUAAUGGGUGCCAUGUAGUCUAAGUGUUUACUGUAGGCCUGGUGUUAAAUGUAAUGGGUGUCAUGUCGUCUAAGUGUUUAUUGUAGGACUGGUGUUACAUGUAGUCUGUAGUCUAAGUGUUUACUGCCAUGUAGUCUAACUGUUUACUGUAGGCCUGGUGUUAAAUGUAAUGGGUGCCUUGUCGUCUAAGUGUUUAUUGUAGGACUGGUGUUCCAUGUAAUGGGUGCCAUGUAGUCUAAGUGUUUACUGUAGGCCUCGUUUUAGAUGUAAUGGGUGCCCCGUAGUCUGAAUGCUUAAUCCACGCCUAAUGUUGAUUUGAACUCAGAAGCGCUUCAGAAACUAAAUGGUAUUUUUUUUUUUUUUUCGCUUGCAACUGGAGUUCCAUUUUGUUAAGUGGCUCAAUUAUUUAAAUUUACAACGUAGUUGACCCAGUGUUGACCUACGGUUUGCUGUGGCCCAGUUUCUGUACAGUUUUCUUAGUGGCUUAACUUGACGAUGUCAACUCUUGAGCCUUAAGUUUGAGGCAACGUUAAGUACAUACAAAUUCAUGCAAUGCUUUGGGUCUUAACCUCUCAAACCUUUUACCACCAUUACAAACGUUUUUUUUAAAUAUUUUUUUGAUUAUUUUUUUUUUUAAACGUUUUAGGUAAACAUCAUCAGAAUAUUAAACCAAUCCGACGAAAUCGAUACAGAUUUCUUUAGGAAAAUAGUACGCAAAUUUUCUUCUUUUUUUUUUUGUGUUAAAUAAUUUAUUUUAGGCGUUAUAAACUUUUUAGCAAUUAUAAUUAAGAAAACUUUGUUAAUCAUUCGCAAUGAUUACUAUACUAAUCUGUGAUUAUAACUUAAUAAUUGAGAAACCAUGUGUUGAGAAAAGGGGGAGGGGCAGAGCUUCCGCCCCGCCCCCCCCCCCCCGGAAAAAAAGGAUUCUGUAGUGUACAUUUUGAUCAGGGGUUGCAGGGAAUCAGACACAAUGGCUUACAGGGUAGAGGUACAGGGUAGAGGUACAGGGUAGAGGUACAGGGUAGAGGUACAGGGUAGAGGUACAGGGUAGAGGCUUCUGCAGGUGGGCGCUGUGCGUUAAUCCCCCCCGAAAACUUUCGAUAACUUCUUACACCUGUAAAGACAGUUAGUUGUGCGUGGGAGUGGACACAACGUUUAAGUUCAUUCAUAUAGGUUGGUGGGGGUUUUUUUUUAAUUGAAUAUAAACUGCCGAGAUAUUUAUAUUAAAUUAGCUGCUGACAUCAGCUGUGGAAUGAAUCGUAAUUUAAAAAAAUAUAUAUUUUAUGUAGCUGUGUGUGUAGUCAGAGUGUAGUGACAAUCAAUGUUCCCUCUAAAGUUUGCUGGUUCAUGUGCAAAAUCAUAACAGUUGUGUGCAAAAUUUUACAGCCCACAAAAACAAUCACACACUUGCAUGGAAAUUUGCUGCGCGGUACUCAAAACUGCUGCGCGGCGUCUGUGAGGUAGCUGCGUGGCCGCGCAGCUUAAAGGGAACAUCGGUGACAAUAAGAAACGAGUCCGAUCACUGUAGUGUGGUCAGAGUGUAGUGACAAUAGGAAACUAGUCCAGUCCCUUUACAAAAACUAUUUAAAUUUUAAAAUGAAAAUAAAAUUCAAAUCGAAAAAAAAAAAUCACAUUUUACACAUACGCCACCCCACCUCUCAAAUUUCUGAAAUUCUCAAGCGACCCCUGCCUGUUUGUCAGGCGAACCCUGGGUGUGUAUGUGUGUGGGGGGGGGGGUCGUUAUUUAAGGGUAACCCAUAAACAUAACCAAAAUAAAACAUGUAACGGAGUUUCGCCAUAUGCUUUAGUGUUGCUGUCCACUGGUUGGUAGCAAUUUUCAUUUUUCUCAUACCAACAUACGCAUAACUUUAUCUUAAUAAAUAUUUAUAUCGUCGUCGUUUCGAUACUAUCUAAUGCCUUCCUUCAGUUAAACCAUUGGUUCUCCGCCUGUGUGUCACGACCCCUUUGGGGAAACGGCCCUCACACAAGGGUCGCCUAAGAUCAUCGGAAAAAAACAACACAUUUAUGAAGUAGCAACGAAAAUAAUUUUAUGGCUGGGGGUCACCACAUUAUGAGGACCUGUAUUACAGGGUCACGGCUUUAGAAAGGUGGAGAACCACUGAGUUAAACCAAUUGUUUCACUUUUAAAUGAAUGUUAAAUUACAUUACCAUGACUGAAUUCAAUGUAAGAAUUUAGAAAUGAUACACACACAUACACACACACAACCGGACAUCCAUGCACACACACGCACACACACACACACACACACACUAGCACAGUCACCAGCACACUUUGACCUCUCAGUAUCCUCGGACAGUCAAUUUGUAAGAUGGAAUAUUAAUUGUAAAUAUAAGAAAGUCCCAUGGGCAUCACCAAAGAAAUGCAUGUUGCUGAGAGAGUUCGCACGGGGUGACAUUUGGUCAAGGUACGCUACUGCAUUCAGUCAAGGUACGCUACGGCCAUGGGCGCCCACAGGGGAUGGCAGGGGGGGCACCUCCCCCCCCCCCGAUUGAUUGGAUUUAAAAAUUUAGACAAAAAUAGACAAAAAAUGUAUUAAAGUAAAGAGAAAAUAAAGAGAAAGUAACUAAGCUGAUGUCCUGUCCGUUCGUUCACCAUACAAAUACGCUACAGUAAAUUAAAACUAUAUUAAAACAUUACUAAAAAAAAAGCUGAUGUCCUGUCCGUUCGUUCACCAUACAAAUACGCCACAGUAAAUUAAAACUAUAUUAAAACAUUACUAAAAAAGUUUUGCCCCCCCCCCCCUGGAAAGUUAAUCGAUUCCCCCCCCCCUUAGAAAGUUUUCUGUAGGCGCCCAUGGCUACUGCAUAUCUUAAAACUUCCUCGGUGUACAGCGUAAAUUGGACCGAAGUGAUAAAUGCGCUUGAUUAGAUAUGAAUGGAGAGCCUUUGAAACAUUAACUGUGACAAGCACAGGGUUUGUCUCAAUGACCACGUAGCUAAAUACACUCACAUUCAUACACACACAUACACAUACGGACAGUGACGCUCAUACACAUUUGUUUCUUUAUAUUGGCUGUUUUUUUUUUUUUUAUUUCGCAGAAGUGGAGCAGCGAAAAAUCUAGGCAACCAAGGCUGCAUUUAGAAAGUAUAGAAAAAUAAAUCUCUAAAAGCAUUUUAAUAUAUUGACAGGCAGACGACUUGAGUGUUGCCUGAAACAGCCAUCUACAUCUGUGCGAGAUCUCUCAUCCGGCAAACGCCUAGACCAUGGGGCAGGCAAUGACCUCUGAAACCCUCAGUAUUUCUGGGGGAGACGGUUAUCAAUACUGGGUAAGCUCUAUACAUUUUAUUUGUUAAAUGAAAUGCUCCCGUAAGUGACACCAGAAUGUGUGUGAGUGUGCCUCAAAUAUCGGUCAAACGAAGAUUUGACUCAAAGACAUGAAGAUUUGACUCAAAGAUAUGAAGAAUUGAUUCAAAGACAUGAAGAUUUGACUCAAAAACUUGAUUAGAUUCAAAGACAUCGAGAUUUGACAGAAAGACUUGAAGAUUUGAUUCAAAACUUGAGGAUUUGAUUCAAAGACAUGAAGAUUUCAUUCAAAGACAUUAAGAUUUGAUUCAAAGACUUGAUGAUUUGAUUCAAAGUCAUGAAGAUUUGAAUCAAAAAAUGAAGAUUUGACUCAAAAACUUUAAGAUUUGACUCAAAGACAUGAAGAUUUGACUGAAAGACUUGAAGAUCUCAUUCAAAGACUUUAAGAUUUGGCUCAAAGACUUUAAUAUUUGAUUCAAAGACAUUAAGAUUUGAUUCAAAAAUAUGAAGAUUUGACUCAAAGACUUGAAAAUUUGACGCGAAGACUUGAAAAUUUGAAUCGAAGACAUGAAGAUUUGAUUCAAAGCCAUGAAGGGACAUACAUGUCUUAGGAAUUCGAUCCCACUUGUAUUAUUGUUUUUGCAGUCUCAAAGACGAACAAGCCAGAUUUAUUUUUAAAAAAUUUUAAAGCCAUCCCAACCAUUUAAGAUUUAACAAACUAAACUGAAAAAUAUCGGCGGCUGUUCUCCCUACGCCUCUCUGUGCCUGUGAAACGUGGACGGUCUACCAAUGCCAUGCAAGAAUGCUGAACCACUUUCAUACAACAAGACUCAGAACAAUCCUCAACUAUUAAAUGGUAGGCCAUAGUCACAGACACUGAGGUGCUCGCACAGGCAGGUCUCCCCAGCAUCUUAGUGACGUCCCAGCUUCGCUGGGCGGGAUAUGUUGUGAUGACGUCAGACGACCGUCUGCCCAAAAGAAUAUUCUAUGGUGAGCUCGAACAAGGAAAGAGGUCUGCUGGCGGGCAGAAGAAAUGUUUUAAAGACAACCUAAAUGCCUCACUGAGAGAGUUUGACAUAAAACCCAGACACGUGGGAGGAAAAAAGCAAAGGAUCAAACAUCAUGGCGUUCCACUUUACACAGGAGUCCAUGUAACUUGAAGUUGGCAGAACAGCGGCUGCAGAGCGCAAGGAGACAUGACAGGAAGGCCCGGUCUGACUCUGCUCCUGGAGAUGCCCCAUCAUUCCCCUGCACCUAUUGCACAAGAAAAUAUCGUGCCAGACUCUGCCUCAUUAGCAAUCUGCGUACCCACAGACAGACCUAGCACAAAUCUGAUAAUUAAAGUGGUCACGGUCUACUCCCGACUGACGAACAAAAACACAAAAAAAUGACAACAUUUUGAAAGCACAUUCAAAAACGAUUGAUAUAAUUAUAUAACCGUGCCUCACCAUUGAGGGCACACAAUGUUUUCAUUUUUUUUCCUAAGCCUGAUUCUUGAAUUAUUCUUUUAAAUAUUUUAAUUUGUACAUUUAAUUAUUUGAAAUAAGCAUUUUGUUUGUUGGUUUGUUUGUAUUUUAUUUAUUUUCUUAUUGGGUUGGGGAGGAAUCAACUGUGGGUUGGGGAGGAAUCAACUGUGGGUUGGGGAGGAAUCAACUGUGGGUUGGAGAGGAAUCAACUGUGGGUUGGGGAGGAAUCAACUGUGGGUUGGAGAGGAAUCAACUGUGGGUUGGGGAGGAAUCAACUGUGGGUUGGGGAGGAAUCAGCUGUGGGUUGGGGAGGAAUCAACUGUGGGUUGGGGAGGAAUCAGCUGUGGGUUGGGGAGGAAUCAACUGUGGGUUGGGGAGGAAUCAACUGUGGGUUGGGGAGGAAUCAGCUGACUAUUAACUCCCAUGUGGCCACUCACAGGUCGGAUUAACGAUGAAGCCAUUCACACGAGGCUGCAAGAAGACAAUGUACAAGGGCGUCCUGCUGGGUCAGGGACCGCGCCAGUGGGAGAAGGUUGUGGCCAAGGCUUUUACAGACAUCCCUGGCACCAAGGAGUACUGGGUGCACGAGGUCAAUAAAUCGGACAUCACCAAACAGCUGGCCGCGAAAUUCGUCCUGCAGUGUCCUGGAUUGUGCAAGAUUAGGGUAAGCAUU